UGCCUUCCUCCCAAGAAGCUGGAAGCGAAAGUAGAUCAGAGACAUGGCAGACGUCUCUCUGCUUUUGUCUUCUGAACAGCUGUGACCACACAGAGUCUGAGAAGCAGGGGACCCCGUUUCAAGAGCGCUUCCCCCGCUUUCCUCACAACAGAAACUCGGGAGAUAGAAAGUUUUCAGGGAGAGAGCUGAACACACGGGAUCAGCAGGAUGUUCCCAAGUUUGUUACUUCUGUGCUGCCUGUCUCUGACGAUCGAAUCCAGUCACGGCGAAAUCUUACCACCACGAAAUGUGUCCCUGCGAAGGAUCAACGACUUUGACCAUAACGUGACCUGGGUACCACCAGAGAAUUCUGUCGGAUACCAGUAUAAGGUGUCUCCAGAUACAAACGACGAAAACAUUGAAUUCCCUGUAACAACUCAAUACACUUACAUAGUUUUGGAGGGGUUAAUGAAUGGAAACGUCUUAAAUGUGUCUAUCAGAAGUCUUUGGAACAAGUCAUCAAGCGAGCCAGUGGUCGUCAGUGAAACUAAUCCAGAGCUGGUGACAGAUUUUCAGUGCUACGUCCACUCCUCAUACCAAACAAACUGCUCUUGGUCACCAACCGGUAUCGUCGCAGAUCUCCGUUUCUUCUACAAGUCUGAGAUUGAGUGGAACGGAAUCGUCAGUGGAAUAGAAGAAUGCCCUUCGUAUACUUACACUGAUGGUCUGAGGACUGGCUGUUAUCUGCCAGUGAGCAUACAACAUUCUCUAAGCGUCUUGUUUAACACAACACUGAACAACAAAACUGUCAGGAACACCUUCUCUAAAGACCUCUUUCGCUUUGUGAGACCACCGCCCCUUAACUGGAAAGUCAAGAAAAGUGGGAAUCAAUUUAAUAUUACUUGGGACUCUCCUGAAGUGAUUGCAGAGGACGAGUGGGAAUAUAUAAUAAAUUACACUGAGUGUGGUCAACUAAAACGUCCAAUAAUACUAAAAGAAAAAACAUCAUACCAGCUGCUCCGGCUCCCUCACUGUAGCUACAGCAUGGCUAUCAAAGCAAAGUAUAGAGAAAACGGAGAAACACCGUGGACCGACCACCAGUAUUUUGAAGCAGACUCAGGCUUCAGUCCAUUAGUGAUUCUUGCGAUUACAAUCCCAUUGGUGGUUGCCACCCUGACAGUCCUGACUGUGAUUUGUUACCAGAAAAACAAGGAUGCUCUCUUUCCCAGAGUACCAGAGCCUCGGGAUCUCCUCAGUGAUAUCUGCGACAACAACAAUAAGACGGCCCUGUGCAACUUUCAGGCCAUGGGGGUGGAAGAAGACAACUGUAAAAUUGCUCUUGUGGUAGAGCCCAAAAUCAGCAAGCCAGACUGGUGAUGAGUGCCCGACCUCCCCUCGCGCUCCCAAAGAAGAAGAACAACUAGAAGCAGCUGCUGCUGCUUCAGCACUUUGUAUUUAGCACUGCUAAAAUCUGACGCCAUGAGUCUCACAGGGAAAUGCAACACUGCAUGUCUUUAUCAUCCCUAUGGAGUGACACACAACAUAUACCAACGCAUUAAGUUGAUUCUGUAUUCACAGCAUUUUGAUCCCUUAUCAACAUGCUUUGUUUGCACACCGAAGUGGUUCCUUUUUUGGAAAUCAUGUCGGUUACAUAAUCGAGCCUAACACAGAUGUCCAUUUUAGUGCAGGGUCACAGUUUUGCAUUGCACCGCCAUGUGUCAGACACUGUGAGGCUUUUUGGACCCGAUGAAACAACAACAACUGCAAUUGGCAGCAGACAGUAGGCGGAUGGUCGUGAGCUGAGCCUGAAUGUCGAGUCAAAUCAGAACAGCGGCAUCCACGCAUGUAUCCCAACAGACUUACUACCUUUGCACCGCUUACAGAGCUGCGAAAAAGCAUUUGCCCCCUUCCUGAUUGCCACACUUAAAUGUUUUGUCAAGGAAAUAUUAGCAUUAGGUAACACAAGUGAAUAUAAAAUGCAGGUUUUAAAUCAUGAUUUCAUUCGUUAAGGAAACAAAUCUAUCCAAAACUACUUUUUCCUAUGUAAAAAAGUAACUAAAAAGUAACUUAAAAUUGUUGGAUGGCCCAAAAUAUGUAAGUGUGACAAUCAUUAAGUUGGGAAAAUACUUUUUCACACUACCCCAAUGGUGUCACUGUCACAGCUUAAAUGUUUUUACUUCAUAUAUAUGGAAGACUUACUGAGCCAGUCUGCUGUUGACCUGUGAGCACUGUCCCUGUCCAGCUGCCAUUAACUGUAUUAACUGCCUUGGAUUUCUUGCAGCCUGGUAUGCUGUACAUAAGAAACAAAGAUUGCCCAGCUUUCUGAGAGUAUACAAUGUAAUGAAUGUAUCACUUAGUUGCCUACUUUACUAAGAGUAAAAAACAAAAAAACAGGGAAAAAAUUGCUGUCUUUUGUCUUAGACGGCCAGAAGGCUGAAAGGUUAUACCCACAUGUCCUUAUGAAUCACCAGCCUCAUUGUUUGGUCUGUUAAUGGACAGUAUUCUGGGAAAUACCUCAAGCUCUUGGAGGAAGGAAAUGGUGAAUUUUUUAUCAGAAGCAGAGGCUGAUGAUUUAGCUUUUAACAGCACCAUGUUUCUUCAGCAGGGCUUUAACAGAAGAUAUCAGCCUUGAUGAAAGUAACACCCUGCGCUUGUUUACCUUUUUACUUUUUUCUCAAGUAGAGAUAUAAACCACCUUCUUAAGUUUCUUUUUAACUAAUACUUUCACAUUUGCCCCGUAGCCAGUCACACGGCUGAUUCGUCACCUCAGUGGUGCUCACUGAGACUGAAACGCAGUGUAAAAACACAGACGUCUUUGUGUGAUAGUGUUUAAAUGUUUUGAUGAAAUUGUUAUAGUGUUCAAUGCUGAAAAUAAGUUCACUUUAUUUUACUUCCUCUGAUCUGUUUUUUAAGUAAGAUUGUUUUUCUUUUUUGUGGUUUUUACACAUUUCUCAUGAAGUAUUGAGUCUUUCUCGUGUUUGUUUGGGUUCAUGUGGGACUUAGAUAAGCUAACUGAGCUUAGACUUCAUGUGGAAAAUACAGAAAUCAAAUUUCUCCUCUAAGUCUCAGCAAAAAAAAAGGUGAGUAAGUAUGUUUUCUCCAUAUGUUUAUCAUCGUGUUAAUUUUAAGAAGACUGUAUACUUACUGCAUAUUUAGUCUUGUGUAUAAAUAUAGAUGGAUAAUAGAUAUAGAGAACUAACUGUUUAUGUUUCUGUCCUCAACUGUUUCACAAGAUUGGACCAAACAAGCUAUUUGAUGCUGUCUGUCUUUUAUUCUUUAAAAUAUGCUUCCUGGCAGCUUGGGCCCUGUUCCAGGAGGGAGGUUCAACAAAACUUUGACUUUAAAAAUAAACUCUGAGUUGAUUACCUUUGAAA